CUGCGAUAUUAAUUCGACCAAAAAGUAAAAGGUCUAAAUGAUUUGGUUUUGCAUACACCUGAUCUUGACGAGUGCAAACAAACACAGUUUUCAUUAUAGCAUAUCGUCAUCCUCUGGUAUAUCCACUGGUCUAAAUAUUACAGCAUCAUCAUUAAACAAACAAGGAAGGAACUUUAGUGUUGUUUUUCAUGCUUUGUUGCGUAGCUCAGCAUGUUAUAUAAAUUUAGAAAGUGUCUUUCUUCACCGAAAUUUAUGUAAACCUUUUUCUUUGCAUUAUUACGUACAGCACCGUACAGCACCCACUCUGAUAGUCAACCGUAGCAACAAUUAUGUCAGCCGCACCAAGCAGAAAUCGAUCACGCCAACGAGAACAAGAGGGCGGUAGAAAACCAGAUCCGCAGCGCCGCAGCGAGGACUUGACGUCCAAUAAAGGACAACAACAACGCAAUUACGAUGAUGACGAUGAUUACAAUAGCAGCAAUAAUGAAGGAGAACAAGAAUCUAUGGUCUCUGACAUGUCUGCGGAUAGCCGUAAUAGACAAAGAGGAAGAAGUCGAGGGGCAUUUCGUGCUCAAAGAUCAGCUGCGCGACAAGAAUCUGCCGCAACACCUACUCCUGCACAACAACGACAAAAACCGUAUACGCCACCAGAAGGUCACCAGCUUAGUCGAGGAGGAGAAAAUUCACAAGGCGCGGUGGGUACUGCCAAUCCAGCGGGAGCAGAUGUGUCACAACAAAAUCAACAGCAGAAACAAGGUUCUAACGAUGAAGAUAAUACCUUGAAACUACGUUUGGAUUUAAACCUGGAUGCCGAAAUUAAUCUCAAGGCUAGAAUCCAUGGCGACGUCACCCUUGCCCUAUUGCAAUGAGUAUUUAUUCUAUGUAAUUUAAUCAGCAAAGGUGCAACUUAUUAUAUGUUCACCUUAGUCCCGUAUCAUAAACAAGAAGGUGUACUUUCUGUUUACCUUUCAUCUUCUUCUAUCAAGACAUGACAUCUUGAUACAUUAUCAUUGUUAAUGUGACCCAAGUCCAGGCUGCUGUUUG